AAUCUUGAAAAUGCCCGUAAAAUCUAUUUCUGUCUUGUGUAUCUAAAUGUUGGUUAUGUCUUAGCAAAGACCAUCGAGGACUCUAUAGCAGUGGAGCUCGAUACAGGUUUUGAAGAGAAGGUGCCACCAAGAAAUGCUGGAUGAGGCGGAGGAUGAUCUUUAAGUUUGGUCUGACUGUCAUUAUUGUGAUCGCUGUUUGUAUGUUCUAUUUGAUUCAUCAGCAAAAUGAUGAACUUAGCCCAGAACAGCCCUCAGAAAAUGACAGCAUUGUUGGAAAUCAGUCAGGAAGAACUGAAGAGAUUAGUGCUGAAGAAAAAUUAAGAAAGGCUGAACUAGAAAAGAAAGCGAAAAGAUGGAGAGAGAGUAUCCACCUUUCCAUUGUUGUAUGUGGUGACCGUGGGAACGAAUCCAUCAUUCUCAUCAAGUCUGCCAUCCUCUUCACCAAAAUGUACAUCAUCGUCCACAUCUUCGCUGAAGAUGACUUACAUUCCUCACUGCAGCAACAGCUUACAUCAUGGCCAAGUAAAGCUAAAACCAAAUUUGAAUAUCACUUAUAUGGUAUAACCUUCCCCGACUCAAAUAAUGAGUGGAAGAAGCUUUUUAAACCUUGUGCCUCUCAACGACUUUUCAUUCCAUCUCUAUUAACCAAUGUGGAUUCUGUGCUGUAUGUUGAUACAGACAUUUUAUUUCUGUCUCCACUGGAGGAAAUCUGGUUUCAUUUUACCCGGUUCAACAGUACCCAGCUGGUUGCCUUGGCUCCAGAGAGUGAAGACAGGCAAACUGGCUGGUACAAUAGAUUUGCUAGGCACCCAUAUUUUGGAGAAUUAGGGGUCAAUUCCGGUGUGAUGUUGAUGAAUUUAACAAGGCUUCGAAACUCUACUUGGCUUCCAUCUAUUGUGAAUUAUUACAAAGAGUACAAACUAAAAAUAACCUGGGGGGAUCAGGAUCUCAUCAACAUCUACUUUCACUUUCAUCCAGAUGAGCUCUAUGUUUAUCCAUGUGAAUGGAACUAUAGACCUGACCACUGUAUGUAUAUGAGUGUGUGUAGGGGUGCAGAACGAAGUGGGGCAUAUGUGCUUCAUGGUAAUCGACGAGCAAUGCAAAAUGAUAAACAACCUGCAUUCAAAGCUGCUUAUUCAGCAUUUAAAGAAUAUGACUUCCAUCAGAAAAUGAAGACGUUCCUCCUGCCUCCUCUCCAGGAGAAACUCGAGGCUACAGCUAAGACUCCGUGUGGACGUGUCAGACAUAUAUUUUCAACCAGAGUUGCUCAAUUUGUUAAUCAUGCCGAAAAAUGACUAACUUGACUUGUGAAAAAAGGAAUGCAAAGCUGGUAUCAUAGAUUUUUAAAAUUUUGCAAAAGAUUCAAGAUGAUAGGUUUCCCUUUCAAUGGUAUACAUAUACAUGUAUAUAUAACAUUAAUAUGUGGAAUUUGGAGGUAGUUUCAAGAUCAACUAUGAUUUGUCCUCAUUGUAUUUUUUCUUUGUAGCACAAUAAUGUAGCCCUCUCCCUUUUUUGUUUUCUUUCUUGGUCAGAAAGCCCUCUCCUAAAAAAUAUCAGAUAAAAAAAAUAGAGAAGACUACAUUAUUGCAGCUAUUUCUUUUUGGGGGGAGGGGGGUUAUGUCAAAUAAUCAAUGUAAUACAAUGAGGGAUUAUUUCUUGUUCAGACCACAAUCUUGACUUUCUUUAUAAAAUAUCAGUUAGAUCUGACUUACUGUGAAAAUUUGUACUGUCUCCUGCAGAAUACCUGGUAUUCGCUGAUAAUGAUUCAGUCUUAUAUCUGAAUGUGAUAUUCUUUUAUAGACAGAUAACUUGAUUUUAUUUGUUUUGUCUCUGAAAUAUAGUGUUCAUUUCAUUUACUGUUACUAGCAUAUCAUUUACAUUUUGCUUGACUGAUUUUGUUACACAGUAAAGCUGUAUUUAUUUGCAAGAUGUAAAAAUUAUCACGCAUUUUGUCUUGCCUGAAAGUAAUAC